GCAAAAUUUCGUUACUAUGUAAAUCAAUUAUUCGUGGGAGUAUACUCCAGAAAAAAGCUGGUGUGGUUGUUGGAGUUGUGCCCUGCAUUGCCAGAACCGCGACUCCUCCCGAAUCCGGGAUCCUAUGAGAGCAAACAAUGAAAGACUUUGCGACGGGCAGCCACGAAGGAUUCACUAAUCAGGGGUGCUUCCGACCCGUUCAGUCCCAGGAAAUAAAAGGCUCGACCCCCCGGCCUGGCGCUUGUCCCCAUAACACUUCGAGCAUACCUGUCCUCCGCCAUCGAAUUUUUGUCUUUGGCACGGUGCGGUGUCCUGCUCGGUCGCUCGGCGCCAGCUCUCCAGUAAUUGCACCUCUGUGCUUUACAGUUCAGUCGGAAUCACCGGAAACCUAGCUCACAGUGCCCGCAUCAUGGAAGUCAACGCCCCCAGCUUCGCGUCGCCGCUCGCCAGCGUUCGGGACGGCCAUUUGUCGAUUCCCUCUCGACUCGAGUAUGUCGUCGAUGCCGUCAAUAAUGCAAGCCCGUGGACGAUUGCCUUCACCGUCCUAGCGAUCCUUGUCGCAUACGACCAGAUCAUGUACAUCCGAAACAAGGGCAGUAUCGUGGGCCCGGCCUUCAAGAUGCCUUUCAUCGGCCCAUUCCUGCAAUCCGUCAAUCCCAAAUUCGAGGAAUAUUACGCGAAAUGGACAAGCGGCCCUCUGAGUUGUGUCUCCGUCUUUCACAAGUUCGUGGUAAUUGCCUCCACCCGGGACAUGGCCCGGAAGGUUUUCAACUCCCCGACGUACGUAAAGCCAUGCGUCGUCGAUGUCGCUCAUAAGCUCCUGGGUGCCGACAAUUUUGUCUUCCUGGACGGCAAGCCCCAUGUCGAUUAUCGCAAGGGCCUGAACGGUCUGUUCACGAGAAAGGCGCUCCAGUCCUACCUUCCCGGUCAAGAGGCCGUCUAUAACGACUAUUUUGAGCGUUUUGUUCGGAUCACUAAAAGCGCCGGUGGCAAGCCGGUGCCCUGGAUGUCUGGUUUCCGUGAGUUGAUGUGCGCUGUAUCGCUCCGGACCUUCUGUGGCUACUAUAUUUCGGACGAGGCAGUCAAGAGAAUUGCCGAUGACUAUUAUCUAAUCACCGAAGCAAUGGAGCUGGUCAACUUCCCUAUUAUUCUGCCCUUUACCAAGGCAUGGUAUGGAAAGAAAGCAAGUGAGAUGGUACUAGCCGAGUUCUGCCAGGCUUGUGCCAAGAGCAAGGCGUGCAUGGCUGCCGGUAAAGAGCCGACCUGCAUUAUGGACGCCUGGGUCAAGAACAUUUUGGCCUCCAAGGAAUGGGUCGAAGCCGAGGCCAAGGGGCUUCCGACGGAGAAUCUCGAGAAACCGUCCCCUCUGCUGCGCGACUUCGCCGACUAUGAGAUCGCUCAGACUGUAUUCGCAUUCCUGUUUGCCUCUCAGGAUGCUACUAGCAGCGCGGCCACUUGGCUCUUCCAAACGAUGGCUCAGCGUCCCGAAAUUCUCGAUCGCGUGCGUGAAGAGAACCUGAAAGCCCGCAAUGGUGAUGCCCACGCUGCAGUCGAUCUAGACCAGCUCGAAUCGAUGACCUACACACGCGCGGUCGUCAAGGAGCUUCUGCGGUACCGACCCCCGGUGACGAUGGUGCCGUACAUGGCGAAGAGGCCCUUCCCCAUUACCGAUUCGUACACUGUUCCCAAGGGUGCGAUGAUUAUCCCCACCACGUGGCUGGCUCUUCGCGACCCCGACGUUUAUGAGAACCCUGACGAAUUCGAUCCCGAGCGUUAUUAUACCGGCGAUGCUGAGGAGAAGGGAGCCAAGAACUUCCUGGUGUUUGGAACGGGGCCGCACGUGUGCAUCGGACAGCAGUACGCCCAGCUCAAUUUGGUGCUGUUGAUCGGCAAGGCCUCGUUGAUGCUGGACUGGGCCCACCACGCGACCCCGCGGUCGGAGGAAAUCAAAGUCUUUGCAACUAUUUUCCCCAUGGAUGACUGCCCGUUGACGUUUACGGAGAGGAAGUGGUGAGGGAGGAAAUAUUCGUCAUGUUUGUAUAUCAGUUUGUACGCAUACCAGGUUUAAUACACGGGGCGACGGUUUUCUCUUGCGGGAUGCCUCGCCCUCUCAUUCUCUUUGCA